AUGGCGAGCCUUGAUUGGCUGGUGCCCAACUUCGACUCUCAGUGCAGAUGCAGCACAGGUCCGAUGUGUUGUGGUAGCGAAGAUCAAGCAACACACGUCCAUGGCAAGUUACGUCUGAACUGGUUGACCUUUAUUCAUGCAAUGAACGUCACAGAAGCAACUGGCACCUGGACGAGCUCCUCGCAAUUGCAUUAUUUGCCAAGCUUGGCAGCUUUGUUGUGUCCUCGCAUGUCAUCAAUGAGAGCUGGUGAAAAGCGGGCCGGACUUCAGGGUGGCAUGUUCUGGCCGUUCAGCAUGUCCGAAUCUCAUGCAUGA